CUCUUUAGUCAAUGUUUAUUUAUUUCGGAAGUAGAGUGUGCUUUAAAGGAUUGCAAAUAGGUAUCGAUGUUUUAUUGAUAGUAUCAUAAAUUCUGAUGGAAAAUGUUAAUAGUCCAGAGAUUUCAUUUACCAACCAGAGGAAUGGCUUGCUAAACGACAGUUAUCAAUCCAACGAGAGAGUGCAGAACCCGGCGAGCUCACUUUGCACACUUCGUAACAUAUUUACUAUCAUUUCCAUUUGUAUUGUGUACUUUGUGGUGUUUGCAGCGUGUUCUGUGUAUUCCCCAUUCUUUCCCAGUGAGGCUAGAGAUAAAGGUGUUUCUGGAGCUGUAGUGGGUUUGAUCUUAGGAACUUAUUCGUUUGUGAUUUUCAUCUUUUCGCCAUUUUGUGGAGUUCUUAUAACAAAAUAUGGCCCUAGGUUUGUUCUCUACUCAGGGCUUGUUCUUUGUGGGGGAUCACUGGUUUUAUUUGGAUUUUGUGGCCAGAUUGUAGAUCGGGAUGCAUUUACAGCUCUUUGCUUUAUGUUAAGAGCAACAUCUGCCAUUGGAGGGGCUGCAGCUGAAACCUCGGCAUUGACCAUCUUAUUGGAAAAAUUCCCAGAUAAUGUUGGAAUGGUUUCAGGUGUGGUGGAGAUAUGUACUGGAGGUGCAUUUUCCUUUGGUCCAGUUAUGGGGGGAAUUCUUUACACGGUUGGUGGUUUUAAACUUCCCUUCAUUGUUAUGGGUGGAACUAUGAUUGCUGUUAUUCCAAUUUUAGCCUUGACACUUGGCAAAGGAGACAAGAAAAACGAUGACAAGGAAUCAACAUCCACGUCAAAAGUGCUAAAAAUUCCAACUGCACUCAUGCUAUCUGUCUGCUUUAUUAUCUGUGGUUUGUCAUUUUCUUACCUUGAGCCUAUCUUGGGCCCGCACUUAAAGCAGAUGGAUCAAAAUCCAACACAGAUUGGUCUUGCUUUUCUUUAUUGGUCUGGGACUUACGCCCUGCUAGCACCAGUAGUCGGCUGCAUAGGAGAUAAAACGAAAUGUUAUCGAACGAUGAUAAUUUUAGGUUUUAUUGGUUUUGUCAUUGGACAUCUGUUGCUGGGACCUGCUCCAUUUCUUACAUUUUUACCAGCUAAGACGAUUUGGCUGGUUAUUCUUUCAAUGUUCCUCUAUGGAAUUUCUGGUGCACUUGGUUUUGUACCCAUCAUGCCUGAGCUUAUUAAAACUUUAAGGAUAAAUGGAAUGCCCGAUAAUUCAUCCACAAACGCGCUUGUGUCAAGUAUUUAUAGUUCUAUGAACUAUUUAGGAGCAACAAUUGGGCCCAUUCUGGCUGGAGUAUUAGAUGAACAUUUUGGAUUUGAGUGGGCCAUGAGUGUAGCAGCUUUCAUCUGCUUUUUUCAAGUCGUGCUGAUUUGUUUUUUCACGUUGCGUGAAAAUUUAUCUCAAAGGGAAAAUUCUGACCCAUCAGAGAGGGAACCUCUCACUCUUGACAAAUGAAAUGUGGUCAAGCCUUGCAUUAAUAUGAAGAAUUAGCCAAUAUUAUAAAAUAGUUUGUUAGUAAGUUAACGUUUGCAAUAGAAUAAGAGAGAUGGUAAAUGGUAGCACGGUAAAGAAAUAGAGAAAGAAGUUUUUCGUCUUGUCACGAGCGUAAGACAAAGAAAAGAUUCUAAGUCCAUGAGGAAUCGAACCUCAGACCUUCGGAUGCCAGAGCGUCGGAGCGCGGAAUCCAAAGGUCUGAGAUUCGAUUCCUCGUGGGGACUCAAAAUUCCUCAUAGGGACUCAAAAAUCAUCUUUCUCUAAUUUAAUGUUAUCGUUCAUAUAAUAAACCAAAAGCUGUAAACAACACAGGCUAAAACCUUCUUGAAACACCAAAAAAGAAUCUGGAAUGACCUGAAAAACAUGAAAAUCUCAAAACUUGCGGGCAAACUGGACGGGAACUUUGCAGUCAAUCGCUGAGGAAAAUUUUCAUAAGCAUUUAACAACAUUUAUUUAACACUUAUAUAGCGCUUAUCCGCAUGCGUUCUAAGCGCUUUACAUCCAUUGUAUUACAGUAUGACUUAGAAAUAUAAAAACAAAAGAUUAAGUUAUCUAAGGCAGUGUUCACACUUGGUGCCCGGGCACUAGUACCCGGGCACCGGCACAAAAUGGUGCUGUGUUCAGACACACGGUACCCAGUCUGAAGAUAUGUUCACAUUCAAUAAACAGAGCACACGCUCACUAUUGAGAAAUUGUUCGAGUCGCAACAUGCGUUUGUUUCGUGUUCAGUAUAUCUGCUUGCUUACUGUUUUUUAUGGCUUUUUUAAUUUUGUAAU